AUGCAACCAGAGCCUACUGCCGUGCCUCAACAUACGACCCCCGUUGACUCAUACCCAGUCAUUAUCAGUCCCACCCAGCAUGGACAUGACCUCGACGACGCUCAAGUCUCUGAUUUCCUCGCGCGAGAGGAGAUCAGAGACUCUGCAGACGUCCCGAGCAUGUCGACACAAAACGAAUCUCAUGCGUCCGUGAACGAGGUCGGCGGUCGGCAUACCCAGCCCUCGACCGAUCGAGUGAACCAACAUGAGAAAGCUCAGACUUCCGCCGGAGAAGCAGCGAUUGCUGCUUCUAUCGGACAGUCGCAAACAUCUCUUGACGCAUUUCCAAAUGAGGUUCUCACCCAUAUCCUAUCGCAUCUACCACCUCGAUCCUUGACCGCCAUCACGUUGGUAUCCCGCCGAUUUCAUUCGUUGGUGACCACUCCUCAUGCUUGGAGAAUCGCCUUCUCGCGAUUCUUCCCAGGGCCCCAUGCCGUUGACGAUGGUCGACGUACCAAGUCCGAUGCGGCAGACCUACAGUCGGACAGGCGAUUCUUUGCGAGGCUCAUCGCCCUAGCCUCCUGGCGCAGCGAAUACAUCUUGCGCACUCGCUUGAUGCACUCGUUAGCCCGGGGCAAACCGGCCCAGUUCAACCCGUCCAAAAAGCAUGGAACUGUACGUGCGGCGAGUGCUCGCCAUGGAAGUGCCAUAGCUACGUAUACAUCACAGCUCUCCUUUCCGGUCAGUCACAUACAUGCCUCUUUCAGGCCUGACAAGAACCCUCUCUUCAUUCAUGGAGCUGCAGAGCAAGGUAUUGCGUCUGCCAGUGACCCAUCGACUGUAAAAGUCGGCACCUGGGGUGUCUCCGACCACCAAAUGUUCCGCCACUUUGCAGAUAUGUUCCCUGGUGAAGCGCAAUACGGCCUCGGAUCGGGUGAUAUGGUCGGUGUGCCCAACUUGAUGGAUGUCAGUCAACCAUAUGGCAUGAUCUAUGGCGAAGGCUGUCCCCAGGGCCGCAGCUACUUCAUCUCAGCGACGGAGCAGCGUGGGCGUUUCUUGGGAGCUUCGGAUUUGGGUUCUCAUCCACCACUCGGCAUCCCCGCUGUGAACAUGAUCACACAUGCUGUCUGUUCGGUGUGGAUUGCUAAAUCCUCUCACAUCCUCAAGAUGACCCAGGGGCUGGUGGGAAUGCUGUCUGGAUCUUCUUCGGGUGUGUUGACGGCGUAUUCUAUAGGCCCUCAUCCGGCCUACGAAAGGCGAUACGAGCCCGGUCAAGUGACUGCUAGAUGGGUCCUGUCCCCUGGUGUUCCUAUUAUUGGAAUUGCCGUGGAUGAUCAAUAUUCACCCAAGCGCCAUUCAGGAAAACGAAUUUGGGCUGUUGCCCUCAAUGCUCUAGGAGAAAUAUUCUACCUCACAGAACUUCCUCGUGCACCUGAGAUUCCACUCACAGCCAAACUUAACACCGAGCAGCUUGAUGAGGUGGCUUGGAAGACUGGCAGAAGUGUUAAUUGGGAUAUGGUCGAAGCGAGCAGACGUGUGGCACGCCCAGACCCCUUUAAUCGUGAAUUAGUCGAUGGCAGCUACAGUCCGCGCUCAUCAUCCGAUUCCAUGGGGCUCAAUGAACACCAGAUUGCCGCUGAAACGAAGGAGAUUGAAAAUUUUAUCUCUUUCAAGCCCAAACACUUCCGCAAGGUCUGUGAAAGCUGGGACAUGCAACGCGAUCUUAAGGUGGACUUUGCUGGCGAUGAUGGAUGCGGGGCAGGCGAGUCAGUCAUUAUCAUUGCUCGUGGCUCGGGUGAAGAUGCAAAGGCGUCGCUCCGACGGUUCAUGCGCACUGCUUCUACGUCUGGUUUCAGCUCGUCGGCCACGCCAGAGCCUUUAACGGGUACACCAGAAGCUCCACCAUCACUCUUCGGCGGCCCAGUGAACAUACCAAGUCCGAACAUCACCAACGGUCUUCCCCCUUCUCGAUUCUCUGGACGGAUGGGCUCACAUUCGACCAAUUCCGGAUGGCGUCUGUCGGAUUUUGUUUUCGGUGAGCACAAAUCUACGGAAGUGAGCACUACUGCGUUGGAUACAUCAACUUUCGCGACUCUUACCGCCGAAGAGGAUCCUCUUUUGGCUAUGUCCGGGAGCUCUACUUCGUCUGCAACAUCCUCCCCAAUGGAUCGGUCGCGGUUGGGCCUAGAAGUUCCUGGGCAACGCGCUCGAUACCUAGCUGUUGGAACACACACUGGGAUGGUAUUUGUCUGGGAUAUCCGAGCACCGGCGGCGAAGUCUGCGGAGAUGAUCAAUUCCAUUUUCUCAUUGCGCACCAUUCAAACAGACUCGCCCCAGGUGUCUUCUUUGGCCAUCACAUCGUUGUAUCUUGUCCAUGGCGGUAACGAUGGCCUUGUGCAGGCCUGGGACCCGCUAGCAUCGUCUACCAAGCCAAUCCGGACGAUCAACUCCCGUUUUUCGACCCGGGCCCGCCGUAGGCUUGUGCAGGCUGAGGCAUCUAUUCUGGGUGUUGGGAACAAUUACUAUGCCACAGGCGCAAUAUGCCUUGAUACAGAUCCAACCGUUCUGCGUGGGAUGGUCUCACUUGGAACCCACCUGCGAUACUGGUCUUACAGCUCUUCCGAGGCUGAUCAGUACAAGAGCAGCAAGCGCCGCCUCCGUCACUUGAUGCGUGGCGGAAACGGGCCCGGUGAAGGCCAACGCUUCAACAAUAGUGGUCGGGGUGCAAUUGAGGACUUCAUUGAAGAUGAACGCGUUGAUAUGGAGCGUCAAAGGAUUGCCGAUGAGAAAGAACGAGCACAUUUGAGCGCGCGUUUCGGAAUCGAUCUUCUUGGGCCAGACAUUGAUGAGGAACAGCUUUUGCUGUAUGCCCAACUCCUGAGCGAGGAGGCCUGCUCUACCGAUGCGACGAAACCCAUGGACGGCGUUGCAAUUUCCAGCUCGGCCACAAGCACUUCAUUCGAAACUAUUGGUCCUAGUUCGGUUGGCCCUGGCGAAAUCUCGUCCUCUUCAUCUCCCUAUCAAGAUGCCGCGGACGAUAAUGAUGACGACGAACUGGCCGAGGCAAUUCGUCUUAGCUUGCUUGACGAGCAAGGUAUUGACCAGACGUCGUCUAUCCCUAUCAAAUAUGCUAAGGGAGUAUACCCGCCUCGGCAGCCAUCGCCUAGAGCUGAGGAGGCUGAGGGCAGUAGACAGCAAGAGAUGGAUGAUCUGGAGUUUGCAAUUCAGCUCAGUUUGGCCGAAGGCAAGAGUCGCGAGGAUGGUGUAGAGGAGUGGGAGGAAUUUCCAUCUCUCGCGCCGGGACCAAUGCCUGCGUCACCGUCAGGCAAGGGCAAGGGGAAAGCGAGGGCUGUUUAG